CUGCUUUGUAGACCAAGGAAACCCAGGACCCUCCGGGAAGACUAAGCAGCGUGGCCUCCGACCCACAGACCUGAGAGCUGCACCACUGCCCUCGCUCUCUGACGCCAGCACCGCCUGCAGCCGGCCAGGCUCAGCCCAAGGACAGGGGAGAGGCUAAGGCCCCGCGACAUGGCGCGCACCAAGCAGACCGCCCGCAAAGCCACCGCCUGGCAGGCCCCCAGGAAGCCCCUGGCCACCAAAGCCGCUGGAAAAAGGGCGCCGCCUACAGGAGGGAUCAAGAAGCCUCACCGCUACAAGCCUGGCACCCUGGCGCUGCGGGAAAUCAGAAAGUACCAGAAGUCCACGCAGCUGCUCCUGCGCAAGCUGCCCUUCCAGCGCCUGGUGCGCGAGAUCGCCCAGGCCAUCAGCCCGGACCUGCGCUUCCAGAGUGCGGCCAUUGGCGCCCUGCAGGAGGCCAGCGAGGCCUACCUGGUGCAGCUCUUUGAAGACACCAACCUGUGUGCCAUCCAUGCCAGGCGCGUCACAAUUAUGCCCCGAGACAUGCAGCUGGCCCGCCGCCUCCGCAGAGAGGCUGACCAGGCUCAGCCCAAGGAGAGGGGAGAGCCUGCAGCUGAAUCCUGUCCACAGCCCCACCAUCAUUGCUGUCAGGUACCAGCGCUGCCUCCUGUUCACCAGGCUCAGCCCAAGGACACAGGAAAGGCCGUGACCCACACCAUGGCGCACACCAAGCCCACCGUCCGCAAAGCCACCCUCUGCCCCCCAAGGAAGACCCUGGCCACCAAGGCCGCUGGCAAGAGGGCGCCGUUCACAGGAGUCAUCAAGAAGCCUCAGCGCUACAGGCCUGGCACACUGGCGCUGCGCAAAAUCAGAAAGUACCAGCAGAAGUCCACGCAGCCGCUCCUGUGCAAGCUGCCCUUCCAGCUCCUGGUGCGCGAGAUCGCCCAGGCUAUCAACCCGGACCUGCGCUUCCAGAUCGCUGCCAUUGGUGCUCUCAGUACCAGCGAGGCCUACCUGGUGCGCCUCUUUGAAGACGCCAACCCAUGUGCAAUCCAUGCCAGGCGUGUCACAGUUAUGCCCAGAGACAUGCAGCUGGCCCAUCGCCUCCGCGGAGAGCCCACACUCCUGGCAAACACUGCACUUUAGACGGCUUCGUUUCCGUUUGAUUGUGUUUUUACUCUUCUCUGCGUUCAUCCUGGAUCUGAUAUUAGCAUUUUUCUUCAC